UGGUGAGACCUGGGCAAUCAUAUUGAUCAUAAUGUAAUUACUAAUCAUUUAUAGAAAGUUCAGUUAUUCGUGGCUUAUACAAGCAAGAUAUUAUCAUAUAAUUUAUUAAUUAUUUUAUUAUGAGCAAUAUGAGCAAAUGGCUGCGAGUUUUAUAUAUGUAAAUGCAAUUUUGUUAUUCACAGUUGCGGUAUUUAUGUAGUAUCUAAUUAUUCCCGAUCGUCUUACAAGCAAUUGGCGAAAAUAAGGUUUUAAAUUGCGUCGGUAAUUCAGAAUGUUGGCCCCGAGAAUAUCUUAUCGGCAAACUGACUGGUUCAGGUUCUGUGUUUUACUAUGGUCGCAAUACAUUCUAGAGGGCGUAACAACUGUGUAUGUAGUUCCAGUCGUUUUUUAUAGAUGACGAUAGUAUUCCUUUAUUUCGGAAAAUAGAUCGGUAAGUUGUCGAGUAGUUUGCGCCUCUUUUUGUAUAGAUAGAGCUGGACAUCGAAUUUAAAAAACUUUAAUUGAUGGCGGUUUUUUUAAGAUACAAGUUUAUGAAUCCAAGUUUCCUUCUCAAGUUUCCAAGAAUUUUCCCUCAAAAUCUAUCCUGAUAUCUCUCUACUCAUGAAACCGAUAAAAUUGAAUGCAGUUCCUUUUAUUAAAAGGCGAGCAGAAAAAUAACAGCUACGAAAGGGUGGUUGAGAAAAAAUUCAUAAUUUCUUAGAGACUGGAAUGAAAAUAAAAAACAGGGACCUGCUUCUGAGACGGCAGCCAAGAAACGGAAGCUGGCUCACGAUGUAAUAACGAAGGUCGGUGUAAAGGGAAAAAAAGAUGACUGACAGAGUGGAAAGCACCCAAAGACGAACGCGUAAGGAAGAGGACGAAAAGAAAUCGCAGCUGGUGGAAGCUGCUGGAGCAUCUAUAUAGACAGACAGCUUCUCCUCGAAAUGAAACAUUCGCGUUAUAUUUUACGAGGCGAAGAUCUUCUGGAAAUUAAUUAUAAGUCUCCCGCUUAUCCUGGCUAAGAGGUUACGAAACGGCUAUGAAUUAAGUUUUAUCCCCGUUUCUACGGCCACACCGAUACCGUGACUAACGAAUGAGCCGACGAGCUUAAAAAAUUGUUCUUCCCAAGAUAAACGAACACGGUGGACGGGUGUGAAGCGCAGGGAAGAAAAGAGGAAAACGACAGCGUUCCUCUCCUCCGCGACGAAGACGAUUAAUCAGAGCGGUAAACACGAGUCCUGUAGACGGAAAUUAAUUUGUAUUCUUCUUCGAUAGCAUUCCGCUAUAAUGGCGCGUCGCUUUUUAAUGCGUCUGGCGAGGAAUAAACGAACCAUUGACGAGAUGAAAUUGGUGAAACAGGGAUAAUUGAAGGGAAAAGAAUUAAUACCAAUAAAAUUUCGAGGAAACGAUCGAAUGUGGUCGUAAAUGAAAUUGAAAUGUCAUUGAAAGCAAUAUAAAACAAUCUUCGUAUUUCCUAUUUAUAAUAUUUGGGGAAAAAUGUCGGUAAUUCUAAAUGUAGAAUAAUAUAUUUUCGAUUUUGGAAGAUGGUCCUCUACAGUGGAAUUUUUGGACAUUAAAAAUAAACGCGAUCCGUUUUACUAGUGUAGUUUAUAGAUCACGUAGAGCGUUUUUAUUUUUCACUACUAAAAGAGUCGAUGUCUUUUGUUUAAAAUAUAGUUUUCAUCAAGAAGCACUUUGAAACUGUGCCAACAAACGUGAAGAAACCAGAGAUCAUUGGAAUGCUAUUAUCGAAUUCGACACAUUUGUCAAAUGACACCAAUAAGAAUUCGAGGAGUAUAUCUGAAAAGGUAUUCGAAAUGCGAUGCAGUUUAGAAGAGAAAUUGAGGUUUCAAAACCAUGUCACCAAUGAGUUUUUCCAUUAAUUACUAACAUUAAUGAAAUGACCCAAUUGUAGUUACAGUAAUCAAACAAUAUUAAAAAAAGUCAGAAAGAAGCUAAACAUAUUUAAACGCUUUUUUUAUAAUUGCAUCAUAAGGAAAGCUCGAGGUCCAGGUUCUCUUUACUGUAAUUACUGAAACGCUCGCAACCUUCUUCGGUUGUUAAGUUUUCAAGCAUUUUUUGAGAAACAUUAAAAUCUUUACAUCUGUCUGAGAGUAACAGUUCUGCCCUACUUCUUUUAAUGACAUCAAGACACAACAGAGAAGAUCGCAAAUAAAUUGAUUCAUCAUUUAAUAAAUUCUACUUUUUCUCUUACAUCUAAUUUAACUUACAUCGACGUCCAACACACGUGCAUUUACACUUACACCUUCAACACAAUUACAACAUACUUAGCAUUCUGUUCCUUAUAAUUGCGCUGCUUAACUGCAACCCACACCAACAAAUUAAAAUAAAUCACCACAUAAAAAUGCCUGCUGCACUGGGUACCAGUAGAGAAAAAAGGCCUCGACAGGUUUGAAACCAGUUGUCCGAAAGAAAGAAUUUCUGAAAAGUGACCAAAAGGAUUAAGUAUAAAACGAAGGAUCUAGCGUUCAGCAGGUUAGUCUGAUCGCGAGUCCUUCGAUGAAACGGGACGCGUUUGUUUAAUCGAUCGAUCGAACGGUGUAUUCAGAGAAACAGAGAAAGAAAAAAGGUGUCUGUUUCCGUAGAGGGGAAUCCUGAUGCGGUGAGGUAGGAGGCGGAGGCGGAGGAGGAGACCAGGCGCCAACGGAAAGAGGCGCGUCGUGCAUGGUCUUCUCAUUCUCGUACUAGGCUUAGUCGAAUUUCCCUCUGAUCUCUGCUCGUACGAGCUUACAGUCGCGUUUCUGCGUUCGUGUGGACCGCGCGGUUACGUGUCGUUGACGUGUCGUCCUCCACCAUCUCGGAAGCGACACGAGAGACUGGUAUCGUAAAGAUUGGCACGAUUUAUCCAGGAACGGUUGUUCGCCGCGCUUUCCCGUUUCCGCGAUUCACGCUCGAUUUCCAUGGAUUGAAUCGUCUCGGUUCCCCCAUUGUCGCCGGGAGAAUCACGGUGUCUCGUAGGCAAACGCGAACCGAUAGUCGUGGAAGGAAAAUCGUCGAGGAAUGGUAAACCGUGAGAGGGAUCGAGUUUGAUGGGGUAACUUGGCUCGUUCGGCUCGGAAAAUAGAAGGAGACGAGGGAGGGAUCGUUGACGAGCGAUGAACUCGAACGGUUCUUUCGGGACAAAGGCGAGUCGCAAUCUCGAGGUUCGAACACCGAAGGUAACCAGGUCCACCGGAUCAAUGGGAAGUAGAGUGUUUUUCGAGAAGGCUGUAGGGUCGGCUUUGAAAUUCAACAAAGUUGGGAAAAGAAAGUCGAGAAGUAACCAUUGAAGAUCUGUCGAGAGGGAAAGGUGACUGAACGGUGGUAACGCGAAUAACGCUUUAGAAUCAAGCCGGGCAGCUGGAAGAAGAGACAACGGAAAAAAUUGGUCAGCGACAAGGGCACGAGGAGAGAUAAAUUAGACGUAUAAAACAAGUCGAGCGUGUGUUGAAGAGAAAAGUGGCGGCGUACGAGCGUCUGGCGGAGUGGAAAACGCGCAUCGAGAACGAAUUGGGUGAUACCGAGUGGACGUUUUCAAACCGAGGGUUACAACCGAGGCUGACAAGUGGAACAACCUUGGAAAUUGAUAGAUAGAAGGAGAAGGCCAUUCUUCUGCGGUCUGCUUCUCGGGAAAUCGAUCGUCUCGUUAACAAGUCUCGUGGCAACGUUCGGAAAUUAUCCGCGGAAGAAGAAGGCGGUCCAGGAGAAUACGGAUUCUUGGAAAAUGCGCAGAGUUGGAGGAAAAGGAUUGGCUACGUGAUCGAUGGACAAAGACGGGGUGGAUAAAGAAGAAAUAACGAGAUCCGGGUCGCGAAAUCAAUCAGAAGUAGAGGCGAAGGAAUAAUAAUAAUUUCGCGGACUCGUUUGAUAGGGUAGCUGGAACCGACAGAGCGGAGUCAGGAGAAAAGCUUUUGGUCAACGAACCGUGAACGGUGUCGAACGUAAAGUUUCCUCGGAACUUCUACCCCGCAACACGAAUAAGAUUACUUUCCUCGAAACGUGCCGGCUAAUUUCGAGUAAUAGCUCCUCUAUAAUUGUUCAGACCGCCCCUCGAGAUUACCAGGAUGCAGCUGCGUGCGUGCAUCGCGUUGCAUUAUGCAACGGAAGCGACGAUUUAAUCGACCACCAGGCGGUUUAUGUUCGACGACUACAAGAUUACCGUUGAGACUAGGUAUAGCUACAGUUUGCCUCCAACAAUCGACGUAUUCUACUGUUAAUCACGUGUUUCCGGUCCAGGGAUACGUGAAGGUUUGAUAGUGUUGCGUCUGGCGUUGCUCGGUGCUUCGAUACUUACGAGUCUCAUUAAAAUAGGCAGCCCGAUGAACGUCAGAGAUCAAAGUUCCCUCAAGUGGUUCACCCUCGAUGGAAUGUAAUAAAGUGAUAUAAAAAUAGAGAAAGUGGAUCACUCGGGUGUACACAGUUCUGGGCACACCCACGGGUCAAUUUUAGUUACAGCUUCCGAGAAAAUUCGUGCGUAGAGGGGCAAAAACUCAAAUCAGUCGAGUUACCGCUCGAGGGAUCAUCCGUUCGUGGUUGGAACUCGUUGGAAUCGUUUCAGUGACCGACGUUUUUAUGAAUUCUUACGAUUUCAUCUAAUCAAUUCUUCUUCCGAUUGAUGAAGCCGUUUAGAGUUCUGAAAGUCGUAUAGGGAGGUGCAGUGUUAGAUUAGUGUAACGUUAGACAAAUUUUGAAUCAUUUAGUUUAGUGUUGUAAAUCGUGACGAACUUAAAUAAUAAAAAUUUCUGUGAAAUUCAGUUACUUGGAUCACUUGUGUUUUGUCAUGAAGACGAAAAUUCUAAUUUUUCUAACACUUAUCUCACUAUCAGUGGGUGAGUCCUCUUUGAAGACGCAAUUCAAGAAGUGUUGUCCACCUGAUGAGAUUUUCUCGGGUCUGACGAAGGUGGGAUGCGUCCCGGUACCCCAAUUCGCUAUGGAACUGUACAGGAUUAAUCACGGUGAUCAGAAUGUCAGUUCGAAUGCGUCUGAAAGUCAAUUUCAAUUUCCGAUCUGCGAGGAUCCGGAAGACAUCGCUACGACGCCGAUUGCCGAGCUGAAAUCCACCGAUUUCUUGCAGGGAUCAUCCUGUCUCGAAGUUCUAUACGAACCCAAUUUGUACCAAAGCAUACCGAUAAUUGUCCAUUGUCAAUCGGACAAAUACAGAGACGAAGAAAAUAAAGAACCAAUUUCGUCAUUACCGCGACUCUUGGACAUUAGAAGAUGCUGUCCAAGAAAUACAGUUUUCGACGAAAGUAAUGGAAGUUGCGUAUCGAUAUCCAACGUCAUUUCUGAUGAAAACUUCUCGGAUACUAACGAAUUUCUAUCCAUGCUGCCGAAAGAAUUGGACAGCCUGGACUUCUUGAAUGUGAGCAGAAUCUCGCGAAAAUGUCAGGGAGCGACGUUCACUUACGUCAUCAACCCCGAGGAUCUCGUUUUCGUGAACGGAAUCUUACAGGUAACGGUGACGUCCUCGGCGAGGAACGUCGAAAGAUUGAGCAUCAACAGCGAGAACGCUUGUUUGGAGCUGACGCCGGAUUUCCGGAAGACACGUCGCAUGGUGGUUCGUGUUUGCAGGAGUUCGGAUCUUUGCCAGGAUAACGUCUGCGUAAGGAAAUGUUGUAAUACAAAAUCGUGCCUCGGUGAUGUCCUGCCCGAUUCUCCGAGUUUCUUUUACGAAGCCGUCUCGAAACUUCUGAAAGCAGACAGCGUUGCAGGAUAUGGUCUGAUGGUCGGACCAAAAUGCAAGUAUGGAAUGUUCAUGCUGACUGAAAACGAUACGUGGAGCAUCACGCCAGAAGGAUAUAUUAGCUUCGAUCCUAAUUUCAAGCCGUGGUACCACGAUGAAUACUGUAUGGAAAUGUUUUACAAUAACACACAAAUGAACAGGCUAACCAUGUUUGCUUGCUUCGAUACUCCAAUUAAGGAACCAAAUACAGUAAGAUUUAUAAUUUCGAACAUUUUGGAGGCAAUCAGUUGCGUGUUUCUGUUGUUGACGUUGUUGGUUUACGCUUGUCUACCAACGCUUCAAAAUCUACAUGGGAAAACUCUGAUGUGCCAUUCCGCGAGUCUUUUGGUGGCUUUUGCUUGUCUUUCCAUAAUACCUUGGGUGACACCAGCGACAGAACCCGGAACUGUUGAAGAACUCUAUGUCACUAAAUAUUGCACGAUACUUGCAUUCAUCAUGCUCUUCGCUUUCUGGUCCGCGUUUUGUUGGUUGAACGUCAUGUGCUUCGAUAUUUGGCGAACAUUUGGAAGGCUACGUGGAACAAUUAGCCGAGGUCAAUCUCAUAACAAACAAUUCCUCUUCUACUGUCUCUAUGCAUGGGGCUUAUCAAUGUUCAUAACAGUCUUCGGGGUUUUGAGCGACGAGAUUCAACUUCUGCCAAGACAUCUGAGCCCUAAUUUCGGUACUAUAGCUUGCUGGUUCGAAAGUCAGCCCGGGAUGUACGGUGAUCUGAUUUUCUUCCGGGGACCAAUCGCAAUUCAGCUGACAUCGAAUGUGGUGUUCUUCAUUCUCACGUCAGAGCGGUGUAGCAAAGUGAAAGCAGAGAUAAGAAGGGUUGCCGACCCAUCGGAUCCCAGGAGCAAACGAUUUCACGCUGACAAAACUAAGUUCAUCAUGAACGUGAAACUGUUUGUCGUCAUGGGAAUAUCUUGGAUCGCAGAGAUAAUUUCUUCCUUUGUAAAUCAAUAUACUAAUUACACCUGGCAGGAGCAAGUGUUCUACGCGACCGACGCGUUGAACUGUCUCCAGGGUGUCCUGAUAUUCCUACUGUUCGUGAUGAAGAAGAGGGUUUAUCAUGCAUUGAUGAAGCGACUGGGCUUCGAAAAGAGAAAAGGCUUGAGCCAAGGAACCUCGAUGUUACAAGACCCACUAAGAGUGAAAAUGAGCGCAAGUAACAGCACGCUAACGUCUAGUUUCGGUGUUAGUUUAGCACCUUGAUCAGUGAAAAUCAAAUAUUAAUUGUGUUACCACACUGUUCAUACUUAUCGCAUUGGGUAUGAAAUAUCAUACAGAUUUGUCACCCAAUGUUUAUCCUACACAAUGAGUUAAAUAUUGUAGAAAAAGUAUACGAUUUUCUACGAUUUUAACUUGCCACUAAACUCUUUUGUGAAGUAAGGAAAUAUAUUUUUUUUACUAUUUGAUAAUUUGUCUUUUGUUUUUAUUAUUCCUUCUCCAUAGGUCGUUACUUUAAUUUUUAUAUGAAAUAAGGACUAAAAUAUUUAUAUUGAUUAUGUUAACGAUUCACAAUAAUUGAAUAAUGUAUUAAUAAAAAAUGUAAUAGAA